AUUGUCUGAAUUUUUUCACUUCUCGUUUGAAGGGGCAGUUGUGCGACCGAUUCAGUGUAUUUUCUUCGCGAUGGAAGGUGCGGCCGGUAGUGUCAUGGACUCCAUUCUCGGUUCUCUGUUUCAUUACCUUCUUGACAAAUUGUCAUCUCCUGACUUGAUGAGGUUCGCAAGGCAAGAGCAGCUGUUAACUCAGCUGAAAAAGUUGGAGAAGCUGUUGCGCCAAAUCAACGCGUUGCUUGCCGAUGCGGAAGAGAAGCAAACGACGAGUCCUGCAGUAAAACAUUGGCUCAGCGAUUUGAAAGACGUUGCGUACGAUGCUGAUGAUGUCAUCGAUGAACUAGCCACUGAGGCUUUGCGGCGGGAAUUGAUGGCGGAGCCUGGGUCAUCGAUGGCCACCUCUAAGGUAUGGAAAUUCAUCCCAACUUGUUUCAGUCCAAGUGUAAUCAAGUUUAGCAGCAAAAUUGGGUCCAAAAUAGAGGAAAUUACUGGUAGAUUGCAGUACAUAGCUGCAUUGAAGAAUGAUGUCAAUUUAGUGGAGGAUGCUGGGGAAAGGCGUCAGAAAGUGCUACGGAGACUGCCCACCACUUCUCUUGUUAAUGAAUCUCAUAUUUAUGGGAGGGACAGAGAUAAACAAGCUAUUGUUGAGUUGUUGGUGGAUAGUGGUGCAGUGGGUGUCGGUCGAAUUGGUGUGGUUCCAAUUGUUGGUAUGGGGGGAGUGGGCAAAACUACUCUUGCUCAGUUAGUUUACAAUGAUGCCAGAGUUGAAAGUUGGUUUGAAUUGAGAGUUUGGAUUUGUGUUUCUGAGGAAUUCGAUGGUGUUAGAGUGACAAAGACAAUGCUGCAGGCUGUUACUUUAGAGAGUUGCAAUUUGAAGGAUUUAAAUUUGCUCCAAUUGAGGCUAAAGGAUAAACUAUGUGGAAAGAAGUUCUUGAUUGUUUUAGAUGACAUUUGGAAUGAGAAUUACGAGCAAUGGGAUCUUUUCAGCAGACCCUUCGCAGCCGGUGCAAUUGGAAGUAAGAUACUGGUGACAACUCGAAGUGAAGGUGUUGCAUCCAUAAUGUCUACUUGUGGGUCAUACCAUUUGCAGGUAUUGUCAAAUGAUGAUUGUUUGUCUUUGUUCACCUGGCAUGCUCUUGGAUCAAGAGGGUUUGGUGGGUAUCCUAAUCUAAAAGAAAUUGCUGAAGAAAUAGUACGAAGGUGCAAUGGUUUGCCUCUAGCGGGUAAGGCCCUGGGAGGUCUCCUACGCAACAGACUAGAUCCUGGUGAGUGGAAAGACAUACUAAAUAGCAAGAUAUGGGAUUUACCAGAAGAUAGGAGUGGAAUUGUUCCAGCUCUGAGGCUGAGCUACCAUCACCUUCCUUCCCACUUGAAGCAAUGCUUUACUUAUUGUGCCAUAUUUCCAAAAGUCUAUGAAUUUGACAAGGAUGAGUUAGUUCGACUAUGGAUGGCAGAAGGUUUCUUGCAACAGCCUAAAGGACCAAAAAAGAUGGAGGAUUUGGGUCUUGAAUAUUUUCAUGACUUACUGUCAAGAUCAUUUUUCCAACAGUCAAGUAGUAAUGAAACAAGAUUUGUGAUGCAUGAUCUCAUAAAUGAUCUAGCUCAAUCUGUUUGUGGGGAGCUAUGCUUUAACACUGCAGGUACAUUUGAGGAUGUGAAAUGCAAUGGAAGUACUGAAAAGAUUCGCCAUUUGUCAUUCAUUCGUCAGCAAUAUGAUGUUUCAAAAAGAUUUGAAGCCUUCUAUCUUCAUAAAAUGAAGAACCUGCGAACUUUUAUAUCAUUGCCAAUUUAUACAUCUUCUUGGGCAGCUGGUUGCUACUUAAGUAGCCAUGUCUUACACCUAUUGCUUCCAGGAUUAAGAUGCUUAAGAGUACUCAGUUUGAGUGGUUAUUGCAUUGACGAACUCCCAUAUUCAAUUGAUCAAUUGAAGCAUUUACGGUACCUAAACUUAUCUCAUGCUAGAAUUAAAUCAUUACCUGAAUCUGUGGGUUCUCUCUUCAACUUACAAUCAUUGAUACUUCAUGGGUGCAAGGAACUUACUAAGUUGCCACAAGACAUUGUUAAUCUAAUUAACCUUCAUGUUCUUGAUCUUACUGAUACUGAUAAAUUACAAGAGAUGCCACAGGGGAUUGGGAAUUUAGCAAAGCUUCAGAUUCUGCCCAAAUUCAUUGUGGGAAAGAACAAGGGCGUUAGAGGAUUGAAGGGCUUGUCGCAACUGCGAGGGGAACUUUCGAUUGUGGGGUUGGAAAAUUUGGUGGGCACUGAAGAUGCUAAAAAUGCUAUUCUGAAGGAUAAAAACAGCCUUGAUGGGCUAGAUUUGCAAUGGAGGUGCAAUUCUUUUGAUUCCCAAAAUGAUGAAGAUAAAAUGCAUGUUUUGGACAUGCUGCAGCCGCAUAAAAAUCUGAAGAGGCUUAGAAUUUCAUUCUAUGGUGGUAAAAGUUUUCCAUCUUGGUUAGGUGAUUCUUCAUGGGCUAGCAUGGUUACCAUAAACCUCCAUAAUUGCAGAAAAAGUAAGUCACUUCCAUCACUCGGGACAUUACCCUCACUGAAAAGAUUAUGCAUAGAAGGCAUGAAUGAAGUCCAAAAUGUAGAUUUUGAGUUUUAUGGAAAUGCCUUUAUUUCUUUUAAGCCUUUUCCGUCCUUAGAGAUUUUAUGGUUUCAGCAUAUGUUGCAGUGGGAAAACUGGUUUUCUCCCCAUAGAGCUAAUGGAGAUGCAGGGAAAGAAUUUCCUCAACUCCAUGAACUAUUAAUAGAGGAUUGUCCUAAGUUGAUUGGGAAGUUACCCAGCUUUCUUUUUUCCCUUUUGAAGCUUACUGUUAGGAAUUGCCCAAUUUUGGAAGGUUUAUCUACAGGUCUCCCAUCACUUUGUGAAUUAAGUAUUGAAGCUUGCAAUGAGAAGGUGCUGACAGGCAUGCUCUACCUCACCUCCCUAACAACAUUGAGAAUCAGCAAGAUGCCAGAGAUUAUGCGUUUGCCACAUGGGAUUGUACUGUUUUCAGAAAAUGAGAAGGAUCUACCUUGCAGCUUUGGAGACACGAAUUGUGGUAACUGGGAGAAGUUGCCUUGUGGUCUUCAAGGGCUCAUGUCUCUCAAAAAUUUGCACAUUGAGUCCUGUCCGAAACUUGUCUCCUUUGCAGGGACAGGUUUGCCGCCCACACUUAGAGUUCUUAAGCUCAAAAAUUGUUCAGCACUGAAGUACCUACCUGAUUGGAUGAUGAUGUCUAGUUGCAAAAGCAAUGAGUGUUUUGAAGAGUUGGAGAUUGAAGGGUGUCCUCUCACAUCUUUUCCGAGGUUGUUUCCCACCUCGCUUAGAAAGCUGAAAAUCCGAGAUUGUAAUGAUUUACAGUCUUUACCUGAGGGGAUGAUGCAGACUGAAAAUAGCACAAGCAACAUGCCUCUUCUUGAGAAUUUGGAGAUUGUUGAUUGCUCUUCUCUCAUUUCCUUUCCUGAAGGUAAAUUACCUACCAGCCUUAAGGUCCUUAAGAUUUCAGAUUGCUUGCAGUUGGACCCUAUUUUUGACCGGACACUUCACAACGGUGCUUCACUUGAAUAUAUUAGCAUAUGGAACAAUAAAAAUCUGACAAGAUUGCCUAAAUGCCUAUGCAGUCUCACAUGUCUGAAGGAAUUAAGUAUAGGUUACUGUCCAUCUUUGGAAUCCUUCCCGGUGACAGUCCUUCCAUUUCCCAAGCUGAGAGAAUUGGACAUUUUCAAUUGCAUCAAUCUCAAGUAUUUGCCCAAUCAGAUGCAAAACCUCACUGCACUUCAAUGUCUAACAAUUUGUGACUGUCCCAAUCUCAUGUGCCUUCCAAAGGGGGGUUUUCCGCCUAAUUUGUUGUUACUUGAGAUAUGGGAUUGUAAAAAUCUGAAGGAGCCCAUGUCGGAAUGGAAUUUACACUCUUUAAGCUAUCUAAGAGACUUAAGCAUUGCUGGGGCACCAGAUAUAGUUUCGUUUCCUGAUAAAAACUGUCUACUUCCUACUACUUUAGUUUCUCUGUUCAUUGCAAGACUUGAUAAUCUGGAAUUCCUAUCUACGGGGCUCCAAAAUUUGACCUCACUCGAAGACUUUGAGGUUGCCCAAUGUCCUAAGCUUAGAUACUUGCCAAGGGAAGGCUUGCCUGCAACACUUGGAAGAUUUCGUAUCAGGGAAUGUUCACUUUUAAGACAAAAAUGCUUAAAGGAUAAAGGAGCAUGUUGGCCUUUGAUAGCCCACAUUCCUUGCGUGGAGAUUGAUGUCAUGGAUAUAUAAUACCUUCGCUCCUCUACGUUUUCACUUUUGUAAAACCAAUUUCUGAUGCCUCUUUUACUGGUGUUGGACUUUCUCACUCAUUAUGUAGGAUGGAGAAGAUGAUGGGUGCUGUAAACUUUGAAACUUAAAAAAGGAACAGAAUUUGCAUGGUAUUCAGUAGCUUGUUGUGAUUGUUUCACGCAAUGUUAUGCUUCAAUCCUUGCUAUAUGCUGAAAUGGUUCUGUAGAUUUCUUAUCUUUUCAA